AUGAUCAGAAUCAGAUCUAACCUAUCUGUUUACUCUAUUGUGCUCUUACACCAAUGGCACUUUUUGGCUCCACCAAAAUUUAGUUUCUUAGUUAGGUUCUUUUCUACUGAAUCCUCAACCAAAAGCCUUGGAAUGUUAACUAAUGCUCCUGCAUUGAGAUUGGACGAGACCUUGAGUGAUGAAGACGAUCAUGAUAAUCACAACGCCGAAGACGAUGAUGAUUGUGAUAAGAAUAGUACUCAGUUAUAUUUAAUGGAUGAUGAUUUCUUCCAAGAUGUUAAGACUGUUAUGGAUAUAAUUCACGAACCGAGUUCUGGACCGCAUGAAAUUAAGCACAAGCUUGAGCAUUGA